AUGACAGACAAGCUUGCGUUGCUUGCAUUCAAGGCCGCGGUAACUGAGGACCCUUUCGGUGUGCUGAAUUCAUGGAACCAUACGACCGAUCACUGUCAGUGGCACGGUGUCAUGUGCGGUCGCCUACACCACAGAGUCACAGGACUCAACCUAAAAGCCCUCAAGCUUUCGGGAUCCAUCUCCCCUCACAUUGGAAACUUGAGCUUCUUGAGAGUCCUGAUAAUCCACAACAAUAGUUUCCAUCACGAAAUCCCGCAACAAGUCGCCCAUUUGCACCGUUUACGUGACUUGGGAUUAUCCUCCAACACAUUGGAAGGCCAAAUCCCGAGAAACUUGUCACGUUGCGCUCGCCUUAGAUGGCUCAUCCUAGAAGGCAACCGGCUGGUCGGAGAAAUUCCCGUUGAGCUCGGUUCUUUGCUGGAGCUUCAGUCUCUCGCUUUAUCUGACAACUAUAUAACGGGUACUGUUCCUUCAUCCAUCGGAAACAUGUCAUCAUUAGAGAUUCUCAGUCUGGGUAAUAAUGAGUUAGGUGGGAAGAUACCCCAAGCUCUAGGAAAAUUAACCAAACUCAAAGUGCUUCUAUUAUCACUAAAUAGGUUGUCUGGCACAAUUCCUCCAUCUGUCUUCAAUCUUUCUUCCAUGGAGCUGCUCGACAUCGGUGUCAACCAAAUAGGAGGGAAUAUUCCCGCCAAUAUAGGCUUCACUCUUCCGAACAUCAAGGAUUUCACCAUCACCGGUAACCGAUUCACUGGAGCGAUUCCUCGAUCAAUGUCUAAUGCAACCGCUUUGUUGUGGCUACAAGUCAAUAACAACCAACUGUAA